AUGGUUUUGCAGUCUGAGGAUGCAGACCUUUACUGUGGCGAUGAUGAUAGUAGCAACGCAGAAGAACCCCUCCAUCCAUUUGAAGAGGUGAUGCCCGAAGCCGGUGAUGAUGACGAUAAUUUUGAGCUUGCACGUAGGUUAACAGGAAUUGCUCAGCCAGGAGAUAGCAGAGUGUUCGAGUUCAGCCCGGAGUACCUAGGAGGGCAUGUUCUUUUGAACAAGCAUGCACGACUGUUGGUGAGGCGGCACGGCAAACUCAUACGAACUAGACAGCAGCGCAGUUUCCUCGAAAAAAUUGUGUCUGCAUCUCAACAGACUUUGCCGCUGGUGUAUCCGGAAGGAAUGCUCUUUUAUUCAAUUUUUUGGGACUCAUUACAGGAUGGCUCUAUUAUUGGAGCAAUUCCAACUGCGUUGCUCUGUGGUAACUCAUACCUACGCCGUUUAAACAUUGCAAGCCUACACGAUCACCUGAGGUGUCGUCUCAUGAACACCACACUUCUCACAUCUGCAGAUUACAGGUAUCAGUUUUUUGCACUCGAUCAGCUCGUGAAUCUGGGAUGCAGGGAACACGACACCCGUCUCAUUCUGAACCGGGGUUUUGGAGAAUGUAUGAGUUCUAGUGGUAUCCGAAUGAUACCGAACCAGGAGACCCAGUUUUAUCGUGCCGAAACAUUGGAGGCAAGACCCAUUGUGCAACAGCUGGCAAGUGCUAUUGGCGAACGCAUGGCAACAUGGUUCUAUACGCACACAGUCAGCAUGAAAAAUCAUGUUGUCAUGAACCACUUGAAAGCAUAUCUAGAGAGUCAAGAAGCAAUUGAAGAUAUGGCCGAGGAGAUGGGAGUUCGUCCAGAGGAGCUGGCGUGGAAGGAUCGUGAAAGAAUAAAGUUGGAGCUCAUUUCCAGUUAUGCCUCGGUACUUGUUCGCGUGUGGGCCAACAUUUCGUCCAUUUGGAUUCACUACAUUUGUCAUUCGCCUGAGAAGCCUGUUGGAACAGUUUACUGGAGUUUUACGCGAAAUGAGUUGCAGGAACUGGUAUCAAAUUUGUUCCAUACGCACUCGAUUUUUUGGAUUCUUGAGGACGACGGUGAUGCGGAUCGCCUGUUUGAUCUUCUUGAGAGGGUCCGUGCUUCUAUUUCUGGAAUGGCCAGUCGCGACGAAAUUGACGAGUACAUGGCGGAAGGAGUCGUGCAAGGUGCCCGACAACCACUUGCUCAGUCCAACUCCAGCGGAACAUGCUUUAUUUAUAUUGAUGUAGAACACAGCGAAAUGGCAGAGAAACUCCUGGUUGAUUUGGGGCUGGUUGUUCGUGUUGAGAACCAGUCCGAUCUCAUUGAUCACAAUAACUUUCGGCAUCUGUACUAUGUUGACAAAUCAUUAGAGGCAAAGCGAUAUGUACCGCCCACUUCCGCUCAGGAUUCGGUCCUGUCGCCAGUUUUCGCCAGGCUUGUCAUCAUCAACCCAAAUUCUGACAAUGCACAAUAUUUGGAUUCUUAUGGAGUCAGCAAGUACUUGGCGAAGUACGUGACUUCGGUGGAUGAAACGGCUAGGGUGUAUCUAUCCGCGCCAUCGGCCCAAUUGCCCAACAGGCAGAAAAUCUCCGUGCAGGAGACAGGAAACACAAAAAUAACAUCCGUCAAAGUGGUUCUGGAAAAGGAAUCAAAGAAAAAGCGAAAACAAGUGAAUAGCAUAGCGCGAAUGAUGACGCAGACAGAGUGUUUGAUGCUGCAUUUUGGUAUUCCAGCGGUGAUCACAAACAUUCGUUACGUGCACAUUUCAACAACUGCACUUGAAGAGAGACCAGCUUUUGACAGAUCCAAACCGUUAAAGCUGUUCUACAAGAACAGUCGUGAGGCAAGCCAAAUCAGCAAGCUUGCUGAUAUCGACGAGAAGAAAGCAUUGCCCGUCUUACACGCAAGAAGCAGCAUACGCACGCUACGUGGACUGGCCAAGUGGCGCAAACAUACUGAGGUUGAUAUCCUCACCGCCAAAGACCAGUUGCUGUGCCCCAUGACUUUGGAUUCCGUGACGCUGUUUUCACUUCGUCCACCAGAGCUCUCCAUGAUCCGACAUCAGAGUCAGUUUCAUAGGUGGUUUUCGCGUCAGCCGCUGAAGUUCUCGCAAAAAGAACGAGAGGGCAAAACACUGUAUGAGGUGAUUUUUGAAUACUGUGAAAAGAGUCUCUCGCCUGCUUACGACAGAUGUGUGUGGAUUGAUUCAGCGAAUUACUGGAUCAGAGUUCGACGCGCUGCACUUCCAGAGAUCAUUGCAUAUCUGCAAGCUUGUCCUGUGAAAUGUUUCGGGAACAGUCAUCGCGAGAAAUCUACCGUUCAGGGUUUUUUCGAAAAGCUCCAUCGCAUGUACUGUGAAUCGACCAGCUCAACAGGAUUGCGGUCAUCAGCUAGACGUUUCUGGGAAUUUGCCACCACACAUUUUUUGUGUGAACUCGACCAGAAUUACCUGCCCGUCAUCUGGUACACACCAAUCAAACCCACUCAAACAAAUCGAUUUCUGUUUCAUGUCUUACUGUCGAUGGGAUCUUUUCGGUCGGAAACCGAGUUGCUCAUGAGCGGUUCAAUGAGAGACGCGUUUCAGCACGCCGGAUUAUUUGAUUCAAAUGACCCCGAAGGCAGCGUCAAAAAGGUCACCAAAACAUAUUUGCUCAAGCAACUGCAGCAUUUACCCGGUGGGACACGUCAGUUCGAUCGUAUGCUCCUGGCAGCUAACAAGGCUUUUCACAAUCUAUUUUUUGAUAACACUUUGGCUGCGCAGGGGCUGCCUCCGGCUCUGUACACGAAACUGAUAGAUGAAACAACGAAAAAAGUCAGGAAACAAAUUCAAAACAUGACCCAAAGCAUGUGCAAAUGUUUGUUGGCAACAUUGCAAGCCACCAAUAUUGCAGGACUUCCGGAACUUGACAAAUUGAUUGAUAGCCAGACCAAUGGCAUAAUUCCAUUUGAUAUUGGUAAUAUCGAACAAUCACAGCAUCAGCCGGACGCGUCUUUUGUCGAGCAACAGUUUGCGCGCAUCAAGAUCAAAGAAAAGGUGUCACAAUACACAAAUGCAUACGAAUUCAGUCCAAAGUGUCCUGUGCUGAUCGGAGAUCCGGGAGCGGGCAAAACCACAACAAUGCUCUUUGGCAUUUGUAUUCACUUACAUGUGGCCUUCGCGCGUACAUCACGGCCCUUGUCUGUGAGAGGGCUCAGGAACUUGGAGUUCUGCACAUUGCCAAACUGUUCUGCAUUCCCCCAUUGA